AUAUAGAGCCUUUCACAAAGCGGGAUGCUCCAGUGAAGUGCUUCUGGUGUGGGACUGAGCAAGCUGGAAAUUGAAGCUAAGGCAACAUCUGAUUCAAAAUACAAAGCGAGCAUGGCGUCAAAGUGUCCAAAAUGCGAAAAGACUGUCUAUUUCGCUGAAAAGGUAACAUCUCUGGGGAAGGACUGGCACAAGUUCUGCCUGAAGUGUGAACGCUGUAGCAAAACCCUGACAGCAGGAGGCCAUGCGGAGCAUGAUGGGAAACCCUUUUGUCAUAAGCCCUGCUAUGCUGCCCUCUUUGGGCCCAAAGGUGUCAACAUUGGGGGUGCAGGUUCUUAUGUGUACGAGGCACCCAGUAACCAAGACCCAGCCCUGACCACUGUAGACUCUGCACCUAAACCUGAAGAAAAGCGGGUCCCAGCACCCAGCAGGCCUCCUUCUAAAGCUGGAAGCAUCACCACCUUUUCUGGGGAGGCAAAUAUGUGCCCCAGGUGUAAUAAGAGGGUCUACUUCGCCGAGAAGGUGACGUCUCUGGGGAAAGACUGGCAUCGGCCCUGUCUGCGCUGUGAGAGGUGCAGCAAGACCCUGGCUGCAGGGGGUCAUGCAGAGCACGAUGGCCAGCCCUACUGCCAUAAACCAUGCUAUGCUGUCCUGUUCGGGCCAAAAGGAGUGAACACAGGUGGUGUUGGGAGCUACAUUUAUGACAAGGAGGUUAACACAGAGGCCCAGCCAUGAGCUUGCAUCCUUAAAACUCCCUCUGCACUACAGUCACACACAUCACCACUACAAAAACACUUCCAGGCCCACACACACAUUCUCCAUCACAUUCCCCAGCCUCCAGGCACACAGACUGAGAGCAGUGCCAACAUGGACAUCUAUGGAAACCUCAGGCCACAUAACACUUACUGACCUUUGUCCCACUUUCUGCUUGUUACACAGAUAUACUGUUAGUCAGAGCAUCCUGUUCUGGUGUAUGGUAAUCUAUUUAAACAUUUUAUAAAUAGACCUUUACGUAUGUUACUAGUGUCAAUGUCACUCUUAAAGCACUAUGGUCUGUAUGGUGGUUUUUACAGAUGAAUGUAAUGAAAUGUGUAAAAGGAAAAAAAGUAUUAGAUAUAAAGGAUUUGGGUUUUUAAUAGCUUACUGACAGGCAGAUUGGUCUCGCUUCUCCAGCCUCUUUGCUCAGGUGCAGCGCGGCAAUAUUUAAGUAAAUAAGUCUACCAUAAAUCCACAAAUGUUCACCAACCCAGGUUGCAGCGUUUCUAAUUCAACAAAGAUGUGGGAAAAUAAAGGGUCAAACCUGUUUUUACGAUAGAAACCAAACCAAAUCUCCAAGAGCUAGAUGAGUGUCGUGGCUUUGUGAAGGGUCUCUAAUGACCAAGUAGCUAAGACUGGCAUUGUAGUAACUUACAAUUUUCACUUAUGUUCAGCUAAAAUGUAUCAAUCAUUUGUUUAAAGUAUUACAUUAACGUGUGCAGAAUGUUCACAAAUGACUUGCAUGAAAACACAUUACCCGUAAGAAUGAACUAAAAGGAAGCUUUAAAUUGAACUUUAAUGACAAUGCAUUCUUUUGGAAUGUGCUUUAGUACUUAAGGACUGUUACCGAUUGUAGGAUUUAUUUUUAGUCGGUUAAAAAAAGAAAAAGAACAAUGCUUCCAUUCAAGUCCUGCUGUUUCUGUGUUCUUAAUAAAUUUGUAUACAAAUUUU